GUUGGCAUUUUAGUAACUAAAUGAUGACAACCUAAUAAAAAUUAAUACUGCUGCUGUCAAAAUUUCGAUGACUUUGUGAUUUUGUUGUCUGCCGCAUCUUCAAAGUAAAUUAAACAUAAAAUGGGACAGAGUCAGUCGGGUCCCGGAGGUGGAGACAAGAAAGAAGAAAAGGACAAAAAGAAGAAAUAUGAGCCCCCAAUUCCCACAAGAGUAGGAAAGAAGAAGCGCCGUACUAAGGGACCUGAUACAGCCCUGAAAUUACCCCUGGUAACCCCUCACACUCGCUGCAGGCUAAAGUUGCUCAAGCUUGAAAGAAUAAAGGAUUACUUGCUGAUGGAGGAGGAGUUUAUUCGCAACCAGGAAAGACUUAAGCCACAGGAAGAGAAGAAUGAAGAAGAAAGAUCCAAAGUUGAUGAUCUUAGAGGGACACCAAUGUCUGUGGGAACAUUGGAGGAAAUCAUAGAUGAUAAUCACGCCAUCGUUUCCACAUCAGUUGGUUCAGAACAUUAUGUGAGCAUUCUCUCCUUUGUGGACAAAGACCAGUUGGAACCGGGUUGUUCAGUGUUACUUAACCACAAAGUCCACGCCGUUGUUGGUGUGCUUGGGGACGAUACAGACCCCAUGGUGACUGUAAUGAAGUUGGAAAAAGCCCCUCAAGAAACGUACGCCGACAUUGGUGGGUUGGAUACUCAAAUCCAGGAAAUCAAGGAGUCUGUGGAGCUGCCUCUGACUCACCCAGAGUAUUACGAAGAAAUGGGUAUAAAACCACCAAAGGGGGUUAUCUUAUAUGGGCAACCAGGUACUGGAAAGACAUUACUGGCCAAAGCUGUUGCCAACCAAACAUCAGCCACAUUCUUAAGAGUGGUAGGGUCAGAACUGAUUCAAAAGUAUUUAGGUGAUGGCCCCAAACUUGUAAGAGAAUUGUUUAGAGUUGCAGAAGAACAUGCCCCCUCUAUAGUCUUCAUCGACGAAAUUGAUGCUGUUGGUACCAAACGUUACGACUCGAACUCUGGCGGCGAACGUGAAAUUCAAAGAACCAUGUUGGAGUUGCUCAAUCAACUUGACGGUUUUGACUCCAGAGGUGAUGUCAAGGUUAUCAUGGCCACUAAUAGGAUCGAAACUUUGGAUCCCGCCCUGAUCCGUCCAGGACGUAUUGACAGAAAGAUAGAGUUCCCCCUUCCCGAUGAAAAAACCAAGAAGAGAAUCUUUAACAUCCACACCUCCAGAAUGACUUUGGCUGAGGAUGUUAACUUACACGAAUUAAUAAUGGCAAAAGACGACUUAUCUGGAGCCGAUAUUAAAGCAAUUUGCACAGAAGCUGGUCUUAUGGCUUUAAGAGAAAGAAGAAUGAAAGUUAUGAAUGAAGAUUUCAAGAAAUCCAAGGAAAGCGUUCUUUACAGGAAGAAAGAAGGCACUCCUGAAGGGCUAUAUCUUUAAUUUAAAUUUGUGUUUUUUAAUUAAGUUAAAUACUUCUUUGUAACAAAUUUAUUUGAUAAAAAUAUAAAAAAAUAAUUAA